AUGAAUAUUCUCAACUCGGUGCUCUUGCUGAGCACUCUACUACGGGCCCAUGGUCUGUUGCCAAAUAAGCAGAUCAAUGGACAAAAUAUGGGAGUCAGCUGCAACAAUCGCAACCAACGCACCCAGCUUUUCGUCAACCUAUGGCAACGAAUGGAAAUCGAAGAAGACGAAGAACCCAUGUGGUAUGUUAUCAACUGCGUCGCAGGUUUGGAAUUGGACUUGCUACGGCAGUGCAAACAAGCUUCCGAAGACAUGGAUGACGUUGUAAAACUCGUUGUACCUAUGCAAACAUCACAUCGCUCUCAUGGUGCCAACCGCAUGGUUACCGAUGUCAAAGUCAAGUAUCAAGGGUAUGUCUUUGGAAAGCUUAGACUCACCGAGGAAACGUAUUCGGCGAUUCAAGGACUUGACUUGUGUCGUUCUUGGAUGGGGACCGUGAAUCAAAGGGGGCACAAAAAGUUGCCGCCAGCGCCCUUGCCUUUGAAUGAAGAUGAAAUCGAAAACUUUGGUUUGGAAAACAUUGAGGAGCUAGACGAAGAAGAGAAAGAAGAGGAUAUUAUUGUGGACGCAGGUGAUGAUAACGAGGACAAGGAAGCGGCAGCAAUUGAGGAGGUAGUUCAGACUGUAUACAAGGGUUUGAGAGUGGGCGAUAUGAUCAAAGUUACAGCGAAGAACAAGUUCUUUGACGAAGAUGGAAUAGUAAGGCGGCUGAAGGAUAACAAGAUCUUUCUCCGCUUUUACACCUAUGGCACAAUGUUCGAAGAGUGGCUCGAUCCUAGUGAAGUGAGAAAGCUUUCGGAUGAAGAAGUUUUGAAAGGACUAGGAGGACCAUCUGCACCCAUCACCCAGCGUGACAUUGAUGGACCUGACAACAGGGACCGAAAUGACUAUGGCGAGAAUCGAGGCGACCAGAGAAGAAAUCUCCAGAACACCAUGGGUGUAGCUCCUGGCCAACGCAACCGUCGACAAGAUCGUAACGAACAGCGGUUCAGCCGGGGUAACUCCCUGCAAGAUCAAGAUCAAGAGCGCAAGAACUGGGAUUGGUACAAGGAUAACGAACGUAAAGGGCAAGGUGGAGCAUAUUCUGAUGGAAAAACUGACAUUCGAGGAGCUAGUCGAUCAUCCAAUACGGAAGGAGAUGUUGAUGCUCAAUGGGGAAGGCCACAACAACCACGCCAAAACAACAAGCAAGCCAAUUCGGGCGAUGAAUGGAGCAAAUUCGUUUCCAAUGCAAACAAUUCGGCUAAAAAGCAGGACACGGAUGAUUUCUUUGAUUCCCUCUACAAUGACCUAUCCAAUGAAUUGGAGAAUGAAAACUCUGGGGUUGGCCAAUCGAAUGACGGUGGGGAUGGUGAGGACUUCUUUGGAUGGUUGAUGGACGAGAUUGAAGACGACGAGUCGUCCAAGGCCAACAAGGCUCCGAAGGCUGCCAAGCCAGGCGAUGAAGACGACUUUUUUGCCUCGUUGGAAAUGGAACUCCAAGAGGAUAAACCACCAAAGAAGAAAGCCAAUAAGAAGACUUCUCCUCCCAGUGAUGAAAGCUUGGACGACUUUUUUGCUGAUCUUGCAAGUUUUGACGGCGACCACGACAAGAGUGGCGGCCGCCCAUCACGAGCACCAGCUGCUGCAAAGGGAGAUGCCGAUGAUUUUUUUGCCAACUUGGAAGCAGAACUCGAAACAGAACUCACCACCACUUUGCCACCAGCUUCUGCCAAAGGUCCCAAUCAAGGAGUUGCAAACGAUUUCUUUGCAGACUUGGAGCAAGAGUUGGAUGCCGAAUUGCAGAUCGAACCAACUUCAACUUUGACGAAAGCAUCUGACAGGGCAAGUGUCGAUGACUUUUUUGCAGAUUUGCAAUCCGAGCUAGGAGAGGAAUCGGAUGGCUUCUUUGCCGAGUUGGAGGAUGUUGCUGUUGCUGCUGCAACUGAUGUUGAUGUUGAUGAAAUGAAAGUCGAACCAGCGGUUGUCGCGCCAACAAUGACCGCCACCACAAUUGAGGAAGCCCCUGCUGCUCCAACACAAAGUUCGGGCUCCAGUCUGGAUCCUACAUCGCUGCAAAAAAUGACUGUUCCCGUGCUGAAGGACAUGCUUCGUGAUCGAGGCUUGAAGGUAUCAGGAAAAAAGGCGGAUUUGAUUGAGCGAUUAGUUUCAUAA